AGAAAGCGGCUCCCCAAGUUCUUCUGACAGUCCUGCCACCUCUCCAUCACCAUGGGAGAAUGGACCAUUUUGGAGAGGCUGCUGGAGGCGGCUGUCCAGCAGCACUCUACCAUGAUCGGAAGGAUCCUGCUGACAGUGGUGGUGAUUUUCCGUAUCCUGAUAGUAGGCAUAGUGGGAGAAAAGGUGUACGAGGAUGAGCAAAUCAUGUUCAUCUGUAACACCAUGCAGCCCGGCUGCAACCAGGCUUGUUAUGACAAGGCGUUCCCCAUCUCACACAUCCGCUACUGGGUCUUCCAGAUCAUCUUGGUGUGCACGCCGAGUCUGUGCUUCAUCACGUAUUCUGUGCACCAGUCCGCCAAAGCACGUGACCGAAGUUACUCUCUCCUGCAUCCUUACAUGGAUCACCACGGCCACGGUCACCACGGCCGCAGCCAUCACGACCAUCACGCUCGCAAGCUUCACUCUCGCAACAUCAACGGCAUCCUGGUGCACCCCGACAGCAGUAAGGAGGAUCAUGACUGCCUGGAGGUCAAAGAGAUCCCCAACGGACCCCGGGGACUCCCUCCGACGCACAAGAGUGCCAAAGUGCGACGGCAAGAAGGGAUCUCCCGUUUCUAUGUCAUCCAAGUGGUGUUCCGCAACGCGCUGGAGAUCGGCUUCUUGGCCGGCCAGUACUUCCUGUAUGGCUUCAAUGUGCCAGGGAUGUUUGAGUGUGAUCGCUACCCCUGCGUGAAGGAGGUGGAGUGUUAUGUGUCUCGUCCCACAGAAAAGACCGUGUUUCUGGUCUUUAUGUUUGCAGUGAGCGGCAUAUGUGUGCUGCUCAACCUGGCUGAGCUCAACCACCUUGGCUGGAGGAAGAUAAAGACGGCCAUCCGAGGGGUGCAGGCCCGAAGGAAGUCCAUCUGUGAAGUGCGCAAGAAGGAUGUUUCACACCUGUCCCAGGCCCCAAACCUGGGCAGGACCCAGUCUAGUGAGUCAGCCUACGUCUGACAGAGGCUUCUCUGCCUGGGGGCUCGAGGACCUCUUACAUUUUGGAGAAGAGCUUUUCCCUGGCCCAGGACCCCCGAUCAUUAGGGCACAAAACUCACCACUGCAUUAUUAUU